AUGGGCUGCGCAUGGAUUGCCGCGGCCUGCGCCUGGACAGCCGCCGCGGACGUUGCGGACGGACGUGAAGCACCGUGGCGAGCAGCGGAGAAGCUGCGCUUGGCGAAGCAGAAGUUGGAGCUGGCCUUUGCGGGGCCUACGGUAGACUUCAACUCCCUCAACUUUGAGCUGCUUUCUGCAGCCUUGAAGCUCAUGCAAGAGGUGGCCGAGAACGUCAACCGCGUGAUGCAUGCGGGCUACGUGAAGGUCCUUCGCGAUGAGGAUGGAAAUGUAGAGUACGAGCUGAGUGCUGAAGAUGAGUGGGCUGUAGAAGAGUACACCAUGAAGUAUGUCUUCGUCUUGGCGGAUUUGAUCCCCUUAGUCUUUGCUAGCCCCCCAGAACUGGCCUCUGCACUGCAAAACGAGCGCGGGCACCCCUUGCUUCGCCGGCAGCGGAUCUUGGCCACGUUGCGAGUCUCUUGGUUUACGAUGUUGACGAACCAAAGCUGUUGGUCCAUCCCCUUCUUCGGCGCGCUGGCCGCCCUCUCUCGGCGCCUCACGGAACUCGAGCAGACCGAGCACAGCACGGACUCGCACACGGGUGCCGCUGAGGAGAGGGACCCGUACCGUAGCAUGCACGGCACAAAGGCACAGCACAUGUUUGAUUUCUUUGUGUGUGUGUGUGGGUGGUUUCUGGUGAUAGAUGGACUGGGCCCAUGA